ACACAUUCUCAUAAAAUCUUGUAACUGUCCUCAUGUCUACGCUAAGCAAAGCAAUUGAUGCAUCGGCUCUAGGCCGCCCCCUCCACUUCGCCUUCUCCGGCCGUACAGCGCCCAACCGCUUCCUCAAGGGCGCCAUGAGCGAGAGAAUGGCGUCGUGGUCUAACGAUGAUCGUUCAGCCCGGGGAACCCCCUCCAACGAGCUGAUCGAGGCCUACAGGGUCUGGGGAGAAGGCGAGAUCGGGCUCAUCCUAGCGGGCAACGUCAUGCUCGAUCCGGAGCAGCUUGAGACAGAAGGGAACCUCGUCAUCCCCGCCGAUGCUCCCUUCUCCGGCGCCCGCUUCGAGCAGUACAAGGCGUUGGCAGCCGGCGCAAAGAGCAAGGGCUCCCUGGUUGUCGCCCAGGUCAGCCACCCGGGCCGCCAGACGCCUUCCCACCUCCAGCCGCACCCGAUCAGCGCCAGCAGCGUGCAGCUGGCGGGCCAGGUGCUGGGGAAUACGUACGGGGUGCCGCGCGCUGCCACGGAAGAGGACAUCAAGCAGGUGAUUGACGCGUUCGCGCAUGCGGCCGAGUACCUGGACAAGGCGGGUUUUGACGGCAUCCAGCUCCAUGCGGCGCACGGCUAUCUGCUCAGCCAGUUUCUAUCUGAGACAACCAACCUGCGGACUGACUGCUACGGGGGCAGUUUGGCCAACCGGAUGCGGCUGGUCCUGGAGAUCCGCGAGGCGGUUUCAAAGCGUGUACGGCCAGGAUUCAUCAUCGGGGUCAAAGUCAAUAGCGUCGAGUUCCAGGCUCGCGGGUUCCAGCCUGACGAGGCCCGCGAGCUGUGCUCCACGCUUGAGAAGCAUCGCUUUGACUUUGUGGAGCUGUCUGGGGGGACUUAUGAGAACUGGAAGAUGCACGACGAGGAGAAGCGCGACUCAACCAAGCGGCGUGAAGCGUUCUUCCUCGACUUCGCUCGAAUGAUCGUCUCCUCCCUCCACCAGACGCGGUCCUACCUCACCGGCGGGUUCCGGUCCGCAGAGGGGAUGCUCGCGGGCCUGGAGACGCUGGACGGGGUUGGCCUUGCGCGCCCGCUCUGCCAGGAGCCGAAUCUGUGCAGGGAGAUUCUCGCAGGCCGAGUCUCUGGCGCCGUCCAGCCCCUGAUUAAUCCGUACGACUUUGGCUUGGCUGCGAUCGCGGCGUGCAUGCAGAUGCGCCAGAUGGGGAACCGCCUGGCCCCGAUCAAUCUGGGCGAGCAGGAGGCUGUGGACAGGGUCACGGCGGCGGCGGCCAAGUGGGCACAGCGUAAGAGUGCAGAUCGGUCGCAGGACGCUGUCUGGCCGCCACUGAUUGAGACGUAGUGGCGUGGGAGUGGGCCGUGGUUCGCGGUGGGGACACGGCGUGAUGUACUUAACCAAGACUAGUCCAGUCUCUCUUUGCUAUUAAGAAUGAAUGCAUUGCGACAUGGA